CAGCCCACCUCCUCCCUUCCGCUUAUCUCAAGCCUACAAAAGGCCUCGAGUAGUCGUUGUUCCUUUCCACUGCCAGGAUCCUUCUCGCCUCCUUCGUCUCUCUUUUCCAUCUCCCUCCCUUUCUCUCUCUCUCUCUCUCUCUCUCUCAACUGUUUUAAGAUAGUAGUAGUGUCAUGGAUCUCCUGACAGAGGAGCAGAUCUCUGAGUUCCAAGAGGCCUUCUGCCUCUUUGACAAGGAUGGAGAUGGCCGCAUCACACUGGAAGAACUGGCUACUGUCAUCCGAUCAUUGGGCCAGAACCCCACUGAAGAAGAGCUGCAGGAUAUGAUCAGUGAGGUUGAUGCAAAUGGGAAUGGUACUAUAGAAUUUGGAGAGUUCUUGGGCCUAAUGGCUAGGAAAAUGAAGGAGACUGAUGCUGAAGAAGAGUUGAAAGAAGCCUUUAAGGUCUUCGAUAAGGACCAAAAUGGGUACAUCUCAGCUAAUGAGCUGAGGAAUGUGAUGAUCAAUCUUGGGGAGAAACUGACUGAUGAAGAGGUUGAGCAGAUGAUUAGGGAGGCUGAUAUAGAUGGUGAUGGACAGGUGAAUUAUGAGGAGUUUGUGCGGAUGAUGAUGGCUGUCUAAGAAGUAAUCCCCGAAGAUGAAUCACAUCAGAAUCUUGCUUCUGUAAAAUCCAAAGUUCAGUUUUUUUUUUUUUUUGCCUUUUUGCUGUAGAAGAACCUAACUGGAAGUGCUUAUAAUUUCUUUUCCUUUAUGAUUUUAUGAUUUUUUUGUUGUUAAGAUUUCAGUCUUUUGCUUGAAAAAUGUUGGUUAUGUGAUCUAGUAUUCAAUUUCUGUUCGCCUUUCCA